CAGUUUCUACUCCAGUUUUUCAAUUUGCUUCGAUUACUUUACUUGUUUCAGUUUAAUGUGCCUGAAAAUGAUUUUCUACUCCCAAAUUAGAUUUGAUUACUAAUUUUCAUUGAGUCAAUAAAGUUUUUCCUUCAAAAAGAAAAGCUAAAGAACCGUCUUUUUUUUUUUUUUGGGAAAUUUUCAAUUUCCUAUCUUUUGGGUGUGCACUGAAGUUGGGAUAUCUUGUAGUAGUAAAUCUUCCUGUAACCAAACCCUAUCUUUUUCAAAAAAAAUUUCCGCCGCAUGUACGGAUAUUUGUGGGCAUCUCUAUACAUGUCAGUACGGGAUUGAAAUUGGGCUAACUUUCCAGUUUAUGAAGAAUAUUCUUGGGUUUAUUUAUUUGUUGAAGGUGGAUUUCUAGUGCAGGUUGCAACUUUUUCAAUAAGUUGCGAUCAUGAAUUUUCCACAGGAGAAGUUUGUGAGGUUUCAGGAUUGGAAGUCAGAGAAAAGUACUGAAGUGCAAUAUUCUGCAAGUAAUGGGAUACAUUCAGGAAAAGUUAGGGUGACCAUAAGCUCUAUUUCUGAAAAGUUUCAAAGAGGAUUAGAAUCGGGCUCUGAAAACAUCAAAAGAAUUAGAAAAUCAUUGAAAUCGUAUUCAUUUGGAAGUACGAUUGCUAAAGGCUUGAAUUCUAGGAAAAAUGUCCUUGACCCUCAAGGAUCUUUCCUUCAAAGAUGGAAUAAGAUAUUUGUAUUGUCAUGUGUGAUUGCUGUGUCACUGGAUCCUUUGUUCCUCUAUGUACCUGUGAUUGAUGAUGAUAAGAAGUGUCUGGACUUGGACAAGAAGAUGGAGAUUACAGCUAGUGUCUUGCGUUGGUUCACAGAUAUUUUUUACAUACUUCAUAUUAUUUUUCAGUUUCGCACCGGUUUUAUUGCUCCAUCUUCUCGGGUAUUUGGUAGAGGUGUUUUAGUUGAAGAUUCUUGGGAGAUAGCCAAGAGGUAUUUGUCAUCGUACUUCCUUGUAGACAUCCUUGCAGUCCUUCCACUUCCACAGGUGGUAAUUUUAAUUAUCAUUCCAAAGAUGAAAGGAUCAAGGUCUUUGAAUACGAAGAACUUGUUGAAAUUUGUUGUUUGCUUCCAGUAUUUUCCCAGGGUUAUGCGACUCUAUCCAUUGUAUAAGGAAGUCACAAGGACUUCUGGCAUAUUGACAGAAACUGCAUGGGCAGGAGCUGCAUUUAAUCUGUUUCUUUACAUGCUUGCAAGUCAUGUUCUUGGAGCCUUUUGGUACUUGUUUUCCAUAGAAAGGGAAACAACAUGCUGGAAAAAAUUCUGUUAUGGUCCUGAUUGCAUUCGUGAUUAUCUGUACUGUGGUCCUAAUAAAGGAAACAAUGCAGCGUUUCUGAAUGUCUCUUGCCCUGUACAAACACCAAAUACAACUCGUUUCGACUUUGGAAUAUUCAUUGAUGCUCUUCAAUCUGGUAUUGUGGCAUCUGAUAAUUUUCCAAAGAAGUUCUUUUACUGUUUUUGGUGGGGCCUGCGAAAUCUGAGUUCUCUUGGUCAAAACCUUGCAACAAGUACUUUUGUCUGGGAAAUCUGCUUUGCAGUUCUCAUUUCUAUCUCAGGAUUGGUGUUGUUUUCAUUUCUUAUUGGAAAUAUGCAGACAUACCUGCAAUCCACAACCACAAGAUUGGAGGAAAUGAGAGUUAAGAGGCGAGAUGCAGAACAAUGGAUGUCCCACCGCUUGCUUCCUGAGAAUCUGAGGGAGCGGAUCAGGCGACAUGAACAAUACAAAUGGCAAGAAACCAGAGGUGUUGAUGAAGAGAAUCUGGUGCAUAAUCUUCCCAAGGACCUUAGGAGAGACAUAAAACGUCAUCUCUGCUUGGCCUUGCUUAUGAGGGUACCAAUGUUUGAAAAAAUGGACGAACAAUUAUUAGAUGCUAUGUGUGACCGGCUCAAGCCAGCACUCUACACAGAGGUAAGCUACAUUGUUCGGGAGGGAGACCCAGUUGACGAGAUGCUCUUUAUCAUGCGAGGCAAGCUUAUAACCGUGACCACCAAUGGUGGAAGAACUGGCUUCUUCAACUCUGAAUACCUCAAGGCUGGUGACUUUUGUGGAGAAGAAUUGCUCACAUGGGCACUAGAUCCCCACUCCUCAUCUAACCUUCCUAUAUCAACCAGAACUGUUCGGACCAUUACUGAAGUGGAAGCCUUUGCUCUAAUGGCUGAUGAUUUGAAAUUUGUUGCGUCACAAUUCCGGAGGCUACACAGUAAACAACUACGCCACACAUUCAGGUUUUAUUCACAGCAGUGGAGGACUUGGGCAGCAUGCUUUAUACAAGCUGCAUGGCGCAGGUAUAGUAAGAAGAAGCUUGAAGAGUCUCUCCGACAAGAGGAGAACAGGCUGCAAGAUGCAUUAGCCAAUACAAGUGGGAGCUCACCAAGUUUAGGUGCCACCAUAUAUGCCUCGCGAUUUGCUGCUAAUGCACUUCGUGCCCUGCGGCGUACUGGUACUCGCAAGGCAAGGUUGUUGGAGAGGGUUCCACCAAUGCUGCUUCAAAAGCCUGCGGAACCUGAUUUUACAGCUGAAGAAAGAUAGACUAUCUUUGGGGAUAUUUUGUGUUUGAUUGUUGUGUACAAAGUGAAAUUAGAACUAUUUCAGCCAACAACGAAACACAUGAUAAUGGCUCUUUGUUGGGGUUUUGAGGUUUGUGUAACAUAUAUCUUGUUGUAUAUCUAAAAUUGUAUUUUUUUCA